AUGAAGAAGUAUCAUUUACUGGGACAACUACAACAGAUCCAUCUGGAAAUACCGAUGGGCUUGAAGAUAAAUAUGAAUAAUCAACGCAUUUUUCAUCUGCCAAAGCAAGGUAAAUUCAAAGCCAGAUUUUCUGGCAAGAUAAGCAUCUUGUACCAUUGUAAAAUCGUCAGCAAUCAUCAGAUGAUGUUCCAAGAUGCCCAUUUCCAUAGUUGCACUCAAGAUAAUUGCAUUCUUCUUGUUCACUGUAUGAAUCAAAAUUUAAUGCUUUUUCUAGAGUGCAUUCAUAAUUUGAGGCUUUAUAACAAUCCUCAAGAUGAGUCACAUAUAAAAAAUCUUUGCGGAUGAUUUGUUGAUAAGAAGAAAAGAGUGCUAAAGAGGUAUUUUGGCAUUGAUUAUUUGGGUAUUGAGUUAUGUUAUCAUAAUUGCAGUUCGCUACCAUGCAUUCUGGCUUGCAUGACCCAUAAUCUUCCCAUAAGCAACCUUCUGAGCAUUGGCAGUCUUUAUAAUCAUAUAAGCAGUCUUCAUUAUUGCAUUCUUGAUCGCAUAUGCCAUUUCCAAGCAUAG